AUGUCCUACCCAACGCAGUGGACUGCGCCCAAUGUGGCUCCACCUGGCUCCAACAUUUCUGCUCAGGGUGAAGUUAUGCCGAAUACUGCAAUAUUCAACUCCUUCCCGACGAGCGCCCCAAUUCGUCACCCCGCUCCUAUGCAUGUUCAAAUCAAUCAGGCUCACCCGAAUCAAAAUUCUACCAGUUUUUGUCCUGCAGCCCCCGGAGGGUAUCCAUUCCUCUGUUCUCCUAUCAUGGCAGCUUUUGCAACUCAUUCGGGUCCUGUGCAGUCUCGUCAAGCUGCGGGGUUUUGUAUUCCUCAAACGUCCCCCCAGGCAAACGCUGCUGCAGCCGCAGCAGCUGCCUUCAGAGGUACUGCGCUCCUUUCUUCGCCUUCAAUCUUUCAGUCUGCACCGCCACCACCACCGCCGGCGUCGAAUCAACAUCAAUUAGCCCAGCUACCCUAUUUCUCUCCAUUGAAUGGAAUCCAGUUGGGUGCGGCUUUUUCUGGGGCUGCCACGGCUUCUUCUUUUCCUCACACCUCCGCUCUCCCCCAACAACAUGCCGGCCCCUUUUUUCCAACUCAGUUUCGUAAUUAUGACUCUCUCAAACACUUUGGUGCUCUUCCACAGCCCACGAAUCACAAGAAGAAUAAGUCCAUGACAACUUCAAAAACAAAUUUGUAUAUAACAGGACUUUCCGAGUCUGAUACCGAUGAAACCGUUCGAGCCCUGGUUGAGAAUGUCGUGUGCCCAAAGUCCUGCAAAGCCAUGCUUCUCAAUGGAAAAUGUAAAGGGUCCGGUUUCAUUGACUGUGCAACGGAGGAGGACGCAGUAAAAGCACUCAAUCAUCUUGUGGAGAUGUCAAAAAAUGGAGGUCGGCAGCUUGUAGUGAAGUAUGCCCUAGAGAAUGAAAAGGAUCUUCUAAACGUUUAUGUUCGGAAUCUUCCUAAGACUGGUUUCACGAAGGAAACUCUUUUGAAUCUCUUCCGACCCUAUGGACAAGUGACCUCGGUCAAACUGCUCGAGACGGAUGGAGCCUACACGGGCAUAGGUUUCGUCAGGUUUGCCUCAGCAGAGCAGGCUCAACGGGCCGUAGAUAGCAUGAAUGAAAAGCGCUACGUCUUGGCUGGUGGUAAUGGAAAUGGUGAUUCAUCGAACGGCAACGGUGCUGCCAAACCGAUUAGCUGCAAGCUGGCGGACAAGGCGGAUCCAAAGAGGCGCGCCGCAGCGGCUGCGGCUGCCGCAGCAGCUGCGACUGGCGCUGUUGUCGCUGGUGCCUCUUCCUCAUCUUGUACCGGUCCUUCUAGAGGGAGGUUUCAUACCCCGCGUCAUCAUCAGCCCCCACCACAACAGCUCGUCUGUAGUGAUUUGCAUUUACAGAAUCAUCAACAGCAACAACACCAGGCUAUGGCACCAACUAUGUCAGCUCUCUCCCCUAAUCAGCAGCUUCCAACUGGUUUGAUCUAUCAGCCCGUAGGCGUGCUAUCGGACAGCGCAGGCAUGAUCGCUGCUGCAGCAGCCGCAGGCGGUUAUGUUCAUGCAGCCACCAACGGUCCGGCUGCUGCCUGCUAUCCAAAUCCAUCACGGCCUCCCACUGAGGGCCAUGAGACAUCGCGAUCUGUUGCCGCCGCUGUAACCAAUGUCAAUACCACCACCGGUGCCACGCCGUCUGUCGCAGGUCUUCUCGAGAUGCCUGCACCUCAGUCCCCGCCUACCGACCAUCAACAACAGCAUCAUCAUCUUUUACCACAGCCACCUCCAGUAAACGGUCAUUCACCGGCUGCUGCUAUUGACUCACGGUACGCAGCUCACCUGGCCGCCGCCGUAGUUGCUGCUGCAGUUUCCAACAAUCCCGUUAUGUAUCCUCAGUCCAGUGCAGUAGUCGCUGGCACUCAUCAGUUUCCGCGACCAUCCCAACCGCCUUUGGUACAGCCCACUUAUUCAGUUUCGUCUGGAGUUGUUGCUGGACAUCAUCAACACCAUUACACUCACGCUAACCCACUCGAUCUCACUGCUGAGCAAUUUCAAUCUCUAACUUUGGCAGCUGUUUCGGCCGCAGUUCGCCAGCCACAUCAGUUCUAUUCUGAGUGGCAAACUGCGGCACUCCAACCAGCCUCGAUGGCUGCUGGUGCGGCCACAUAUCAACCUCCUACCGCUGGAGAAGCUUUUGUGGACGGCCAUUCCGCAGCGGCUGCAGCAACACUUUUGAACAAUUAUGUACAAUUGCCGAAUUCGACGCAGCCACCACCACCACCGCCGCAGAUGUCGAUGCAGUCGACAUCACCUCAGAUUGUUGAGAACUUUGAUCAGCAGCAGGACCAAUAUGGGGGAAACCAGAAACAGCUGUCCGGUGGGGAAAGCACUGCAUCAGUAAAGAAAUCAAAAGCUGGAGACAAAAAUGAAGAUGGUGUUAGGGUCGAUGACAAAGCGACUGUAGUUGUGGCUUCGCCCGAACCCGAUGAGAAGGGAAAGGAGGAGGAGGAGGAGAGAGUCGAUACAAAGGCAGCAAUUGAUGCUGCUUCCUGA